UUGUCAUCAGAAUCCACACCUGUUUAUUUUUUUCUUCAAAAAUGUUGUAUUCAAUGUAUCUUAAUAUAAUCAGGUGUCUAUGAUAUUCAAGGUAUUGUUGGCAUCUAUAACAUCUCUAAGAAAAUAGUUGAGAGAGGGAAAAGAAGCGAUGGCACAUUACAGAGCAAGCUCAGAGGUAGAGAACAUGAUGAUCAGAGACAAUAGUCGCCGGAGAAACCAAGAAGAAGACGAAGAGGAAGCCAUGAAAUUAGCGGCUAUGGAGAAGUUGCAGCGUCUUCCAACGUACGACCGUGCGAGAAAGGCCGUUUUAAGAGGGAUCACAGGAGGUUUCAAGGAGAUUGACAUGAAAGAUAUUGGCCUCGCGGAGAGAAGAGAGUUAUUCGAUAGAGUAAUGACAAUGGAUGAUGAAGAUUGGCAUGGAGAGUAUCUACGGAGGCUAAAGAGUCGUUUCGAUAGAGUCUCUCUGAAUCUGCCAACGAUAGAAGUUCGAUUUGAGGAUUUAAACGUGACUGCCGAAGCCUAUGAGGGAAGCAAAGCUGUUCCCACUGUCCUGAACUCAUACGUCAACGUUGUAAAAGGUAUUGGAACUAAAAUCAGAGUUCUUCCGGUUUUGAAAAAGAGAAUCUCCAUUCUUAAGGAUGUUAGUGGAAUCAUCAAGCCCGGCAGAUUGACUCUACUUUUGGGACCACCGGGCUCUGGAAAAUCGACACUACUAAAAGCAUUGUCUGGAAAGACAGAAACUGGACUAAAAUCUACAGGGAAAGUGACAUACAAUGGUCAUGAACUGCAUGAGUUUGUGCCUGAAAGAACUGCGGGCUACAUCGAUCAAUAUGAUGUUCACUUGCCGGACUUAACAGUUCGAGAAACAUUAAAGUUUUCCGCAAAAUGCCAAGGAGUCGGCACAGGCUACGAUAUGCUUGCGGAGUUAUUGAGACGGGAGAAAGAGUUGAAUAUCAAGCCGGAUCCUUACCUCGAUGCGUUAAUGAAGGCAUCGGUUAUGAAAGGGCACAAGGAGUAUGUGGUUACAGAUUACGUUUUAAAAGUCUUAGGACUUGAGAUUUGUGCUGAUACUAUAGUUGGGAAUCAUAUGAAAAGAGGCAUCUCUGGUGGGCAAAAGAAACGCGUAACGACUGGUGAGAUGUUGGUCGGUCCAGUCGGAGCUUUCUUCAUGGACAACAUAUCAGAUGGUUUAGAUAGCUCGACGACGUUUCAAAUUGUCAAGAGCAUCAAGCAAAUGAUCCAUGUUUUCGAUAAAACCGCUCUUAUUUCUCUUCUCCAGCCUCCUCCAGAGACAUUCGAGCUCUUCGAUGAUGUUAUCAUUCUUGGAGAAGGCCACAUUGUUUACCAAGGCCCUCGGGAAGACGUCCUCGAGUUUUUCGAAUCUAUGGGGUUUAAGUGUCCUGAAAGAAAAGGGGUUGCUGAUUACUUGCAAGAAAUUUUGUCCAGAAAAGAUCAAGAACAAUAUUGGGCUAAUCCAGAGCUGCCAUAUCGUUAUGUAUCCGCAAAACAAUUCGAAGAAGGCUUCAAAAUGCACCAUUUCGGGAGCACAAUGCGGUCUCAGCUUGCAACGCCAUUUGAUCGAUGGAAGAAUCACAGAGCAGCCCUAACAAGGACUAAAUAUGGAGCGAGCAAGUUGGAGCUACUAAAGGCAUGCUUAGAACGAGAAAGUAUUCUAAUGAAGAGGAACUUACGCACUUUCGUCUUGAAGUCACUUCAGCUAAUUUUCAAUGCCUUUCUAAUCGGAGUUGUGUUUUGGCAACAAAAGAAAUAUCCCAGCACGGUAGAGGAUGGAAUCAUCUACAUGGGAGCUAUCUAUUUGGUUGUGCAAAUGAUUGUAUUCUCGGGUUUUUUUGAACUUCCAAUGACUAUUGAUAAGCUUCCAGUGUUCUACAAGCAACGCCAUUUCAGCUUUUACCCAUCAUGGGCAUUCUCGUUACCAACGUCAAUCAUUACCUUUCCUUUAUCCUUUGUUGAAGUCUUCAUUGUGGUCUUAAUCACUUAUUUCACCAUUGGAUAUGAUCAAACCGUCUCAUCGUUCCUUAAACAUUACUUAGUUCUAGCAUUGUGCGGACAAAUGUCGUAUGGACUUUUCCGGUGUAUCGCUGCAGUGACUCGAAAUCAUGUGGUUUCAAACACAAUGGGAUGUCUUGCUGUCAUGUGGCUGAUGACAUUCAGCGGAUAUGUGUUGUCCCGAAAUCAAGUGCAUAAAUGGUUGACAUGGGCGUAUUGGACAUCACCAUUAAUGUAUAUUCAAACAGCUAUUUCGGUUAACGAAUUCCGCAGCGAGUCUUGGAAAGAUGGUCUAGGAGUAGCGGUCUUGAAAUCGCGAGGAUUUUUUGUAGAAACUUACUGGUAUUGGAUUGGACUUUUAGCAUUGAUCCUAUCCACAAUCUUGUCCAACAUUAUUACAUCUUUGUGUCUGGCUUUUCUUAAACAAUAUGGAAUAUCUAAGGCUGCGGUGUUACCGGAUGAAUGCGAAGAAGCUAAUAGCAACAAUAUGAUAACAGGCAUAGACUAUACAAGAACUACGACGCAACCAUUCGUUGACAGAGUAGUAACAACAAGAACUUUUAACGACAAAAAACUGCGUAUACCUUUCAAGCCUCUAUACAUGACGUUUGAGAAAAUCACAUAUUCUGUUGAUACUCCAAAGGAGAUGAAAGAAAAGGGCAUAAGAGAGGAUAAACUAGUACUAUUGAAUGGAUUAAGCGGUGCUUUUAGACCAGGGGUUCUUACUGCACUUAUGGGCGUGAGUGGCGCGGGAAAAACUACUUUGAUGGAUGUUUUAGCCGGGCGUAAGAACACAGGAUACAUUCAAGGGAAAAUCCAUGUUUCUGGAUUUCCUAAAAAGCAGGACAGCUUUGCCCGUGUUUCGGGUUAUUGUGAACAAUCUGACAUCCAUUCCCCUCUUUUGACUGUCUAUGAGUCUCUUCUUUAUUCGGCAUGGUUGAGGUUGCCCCCUGACAUCGACACACAUACUCGAGAGCUCUUUAUUGAAGAGGUGAUGGAAUUGAUAGAGUUGAAACCAUUGAGGGAGAUGUUGGUAGGAUAUGUGGGAAUUAGUGGGCUUUCGACCGAGCAAAGAAAAAGAAUGACAAUCGCAGUAGAGCUUGUAGCCAAUCCUUCUAUUCUUUUCAUGGAUGAGCCAACAUCCGGCUUGGAUGCAAGAGCUGCCGCGAUUGUCAUGAGAACCGUUAGAAACACUGUUGACACUGGAAGAAUGGUUGUAUGCACCAUUCACCAGCCGAGUAUCGAUAUUUUUGAAUCCUUUGAUGAGCUUUUCUUGUUGGCAAGAGGAGGAGAAGAGAUCUAUGUUGGUCCAAUUGGACACCAUUCCUCUCAACUAAUCGAAUAUUUUGAGGGAAUUAGAGGAGUAGGAAAAAUAAAGGAAGGUUACAAUCCAGCAACAUGGGCCCUUGAAGUGACAACAAGGGCACAAGAAGAUGUUCUUGGUGUCAGAUUUGCUCAAGUAUACAAAAACUCAAACCUAUAUAGGAGAAACAAAGAUCUUAUUAAGGAGCUAAACAUGGUUCCCUCUCAUGCACAAGACAUUCAUUUCUCAACAAAAUAUUCACAAUCAUAUCUCUCUCAAUUCCAAGCUUGCUUGUGGAAGCAACACAAAUCAUACUGGAGAAAUGUUCCUUAUAACGCGGUGCGUCUCAGUUUCGGGGCUGCUGUUGGAAUCAUGUAUGGAAUAAUCUUUUGGAGCCUCGGAAAAAGAAAAGGAACAAGACAAGAUAUCUUCAACAGUGUAGGCGCUAUGUCAACUGUUGUUGGCUUCUUAAGCUCACAAAGUGCUGCAACUAUACGUCCUGUCGCAAUCGCUGAACGUACUGUUUUUUAUCGAGAAAACGGUGCUGGGAUGUACUCUGCUCUACCCUAUGCAUCUUCACAGGUGAUAAUCGAGAUUCCAUAUACAAUGGCUCAAUCUUGCAUCUAUGGAGUUAUUGUCUAUGGGAUGAUAGGAUACGAAUGGACUGCUUCCAAGUUUUUUUUGAACAUAUUCUUUACCUUCAUCAGCAUCCUCUACUCUAUAUACACUGGUAUUAUGGUCAUUUCCGUAAGUCCUAAUCAAGAAAUCGCUUCGAUACUCAAUGGUGUCAUAUCCACAUCGUGGAACGUCUUUUCAGGAUUCACCAUUCCUCGUCCCAGAAUGCAUAUAUGGUUGAGAUGGUUCACCUACGUGUGUCCAGGGUGGUGGGGGUUGUACGGAUUGACGAUAGCUCAAUACGGAGAUGUAGAGACGAGGCUCGAUACGGGUGAGACGGUUGUUGAGUUCAUGAAGAAUUAUUAUGGUUAUGAAUACAACUUCUUGUGGGUUGUCUCACUUACCCUCAUUGCUUUCUCUUUGUUUUUUGUAUUUAUUUAUGCUUUCUCUGUUAAGAUUCUGAAUUUCCAGAAGAGGUGAGAAAUUUUGUGAACACCAAUAUCUCAUUAUCUACUUGUUUGAUAAUAAAUUUGUUACGAAAAC